AAACAUGUGUCAAGAAUGGGAUUCGAACCCAUGCCCUUUCGGACCAGUACCUGAAACUGGCGCCUUAGACCAACUCGGCCAUCUUGACAUACUCCCUUCCCGUGUGUGGUAGUUUUAUUAACUCAAAACUCAAUUUCAUGUUCUGUAUUUCUUCAAAACCUCUACGUUAAUCUCGUCAGUCCCUUCUGUAUGAAUCCAAAUGAAUUCUCUCAUCGGCCAAAACUUGGGGAAAAAAUUCCCGAGUUUCGCUUCCAGACUCGUAUCCUCGCUUGCUGUUAUUGAAAACUCGUCAAAUUUUCUCGCUGAACAAGGACAAAAUCUCACUCCUUUUGACCCGUUUCUGUUCUUCCGUGAGCGUAGAAAAUCAGGAAAGUGCAGCGUCAGAGUUGCAAAAGUUAUACAUACCCAGUUGCUCAAAUCAGCUGCAUUACACUCUAACAUCUUUGUCGCGAACUCUUUACUCGACUGGUAUUGUAAAUAUGCGGGCAUGGUUGAUGCACUCCUGUUGUUCGAUACAAUGGUUCGCCCAAAUGUUAUUUCAUGGAAUAUCCUUAUUUCGGGUUAUAAUCAAGAUCAUUUAUACGAGGAUUCGUGGAAGAUUUUCUGUAGGAUGCACUCAUUGGGUUUCGAGCCCAAUGAGAUUACCUAUGGGAGUGUUCUUUCAGCUUGUACUGCUUUUCAGGCCCCUAUAUUCGGUAAGCAGGUCUAUUCACUUGCUAUGAAAAAUGGCUUCUUUUCGAAUGGUUAUGUUCGGGCUGGAAUGAUAGAUUUGUUCUCGAAAAAUUGCAGCUUCGAGGAUGCCUUGGGGGUGUUUCAUGAUGUUCUCUGUGAGAAUGUCGUCUGUUGGAAUGCUAUUAUUUCUGGGGCCGUUAAAAAUGGAGAGAACCGGGUUGCUUUGGAUCUUUUUCAUGAAAUGUGUUGUGGAUCAUUUCUGCCAAAUAGUUACACAUUUUCAAGCAUUUUAGGUGCUUGUGCUGCUCUUGAAGAACUUGAUGUCGGAAAAGGAGUUCAAGGAUGGGUGAUUAAAUGUGGUGCAGGAGAUGUCUUUGUGGAAACUGCUAUAGUUGACUUGUAUGCCAAGUGCGGACUUAUGGAAGAAGCUGUUGAAGAGUUCUUGCAGAUGCCGAUACGCAAUGUGGUUUCUUGGACUGCGGUUAUCUCUGGUUUUGUGCAGAAGGAAGAUUCUAUUUGUGCCCUCAAGUUUUUCAAAGAUAUGAGAGAAUUGGGUGUAGAAAUAAACAACUACACUGUCACUAGUGUAGUUACUGCAUGUGCUAAGCCGGCCAUGAUUGAAGAGGCAAUCCAAGUCCAUUCCUGGAUAUUAAAAGCUGGUUUCUAUUUGGAUGCAGCAGUGGGGGCUGCUUUGAUAAACAUGUACUCUAAAAUAGGAGAGUUUGAUCUAUCCGUGUUGGUCUUCAAAGACAUUGGAAGUCUAAAGAAUCCCGGUGUCUGGGUUGCAAUGAUAUCUGCUUCUGCUCUGAAUCAGAAUCCUGGAGAAGCACUAGAAAUAUUUAGGAAGAUGUUACAAGAAAGUGUGAGACUAGAUAAGUUUUGUAUUUCUAGCCUUUUGAGCGUUAUAGGCUGUUUAAACUUGGGGAGACAGAUCCAUUGCUACACUCUUAAAACCGGAUUAGUCUCUGAUGUUUCAGUAGGUAGUGCGCUUCUCACAAUGUACUCAAAGAGUGGUAGUUUGAAGGAAUCCCACAAAGUCUUUGAGCAAAUUCUUGAAAGAGACAAUGUUUCAUGGGCUUCAAUGAUUGCUGGUUUUGCAGAACAUGGAUGUGCUGAUCAAGCCAUUAAGUUAUUUGGAGAAAUGCUGCUUGAAGAAAUUGUACCUGAUCAGAUGACCUUAACUGCAACCUUAACUGCAUGUUCCGCUCUUCGUUCUUUACGGAAAGGUAAAGAAAUUCAUGGUUAUGCUCUUCGUAUUGGAGUUGGGAAAGAUAUAGUUGUUGGUGGUGCACUUGUGACCUUGUACUCAAAAUGUGGUACCCUAGAAUUGGCAAAAAGUGUGUUUGAUAUGCUACCUCAAAAGGACCAAGUUGCAUGCUCUUCUUUGAUUUCAGGUUAUGCCCAAAAUGGAUACAUUGAAAAGGCCCUUAUGCUGUUCUUUGAUAUGCUCAUGGCUGAUUUGGCCAUUGACUCUUUCACGGUUUCAUCUGUGUUGGGUGCCAUUGCACUUUUGAAUAGAUCAGAUAUUGGAACUCAAAUGCAUGCCCUCAUCACGAAGAUGGGUUUGGAUUCAGAUGUUUCUGUUGGAAGUUCACUGGUGACAAUGUACUCAAAAUGUGGAAGCAUAGAAGAAUGCCGCAAAGCAUUUGAUCAGAUAGAGAAGCCUGAUUUGAUUGGUUGGACAGCUAUGAUUGUCAGCUAUGCUCAACAUGGGAAAGGUACUGAGGCUUUAAGUUUAUAUGAGCUUAUGAGGAAAGAAGGAAUUAAACCAGAUUCAGUGACCUUUGUUGGGGUUUUAUCUGCUUGUAGCCAUAAUGGAUUGGUUGAAGAAGCCUAUAUCCAUCUUAAUUCGAUGGCAAAAGACCAUGGGAUUGAACCUGGUUAUCGUCAUUAUGCCUGCAUGAUUGAUCUUCUUGGUCGGUCAGGGAGAUUGAAAGAGGCUGAAAGCUUCAUUAAUGACAUGCCUAUCAAACCUGAUGCUUUGGUUUGGGGAACCCUACUGGCUGCCUGCAAAGUACAUGGAGAUAUUGAACUUGGGAAGCUAGCAGCCAAAAAGGUUAUGGAGUUAGAGCCAUGUGAUGCCGGAGCUUAUGUUUCCUUCUCAAACAUCUGUGCAGAUGUGGGCCAAUGGGAAGAAGUCCUGAAGAUUAGAAGCCUGAUGAAGGGAACUGGGGUGAAGAAGGAACCUGGCUGGAGCUUUGUGUGAUGUUGCCAUGAGUGUUGAGUCUUGAUGUUUGGAGAUUUAGAUCUUUCGGUGUUAUAUCCUUGUAAGGUUCAAAUGGAAUCGAAACCCUUACAAUUUGGAGGGCCAAGAAAGUUGAUGGAUGUCUCACGAUAAAGUAUAGCAACAAGGACUGAUUUUACUAAUGAGAGGUGGUGCUCUGCCCAAAAAUGCAUACGGAUAUAUAGCACUUCCAUGCAGUACAACUGGUCUACAUCUCACCAAGACCAGCAUUAAGUUCACCUUAAAUCAGACUGAUCUGACGAUAACCUGCGUAAACCCCAAUGGGUUGGACACUUGAUAUAAAGGGGUGACUCAGAGACCCGCUUGGGCUAGCGGAGCUUGUCAUACUGUGUACACAUGUAAGUCCUUGAGACCCAUUGUUUUUAUGCUCCUUGACUCUAAUCUUCGUAUACAAAUAUGCAAGUUGGUGUAGGCGCGUGUUUACUUGGGGGCAUCAUAUGUCUUAUACAUGUCCACCCUAUACCAUUUUAUAUCUAUGUUCCUCAAGCUACCCCUUUUAAUAUAUAAUCCUUUCUACUUAACAUUUGACGAUGACUGCUAAAGAAGGAGGCGCAGGGAGCUUUGAUGAAGCCUGUCUCUUUUAAAAGACGGCUUAAAUGAGGGCUGUUGGAACACUGGUUUUAACAUGUGUAACUACAUCAAAUUGCAUGAUACUGCAAAAUGAGAUUACUAAGCUUUCUUUAUAGAAUAUUCAACUCAAUACUAUAAUGACUUUAUGGAUGAGCUUCCUAUUUUAUUGCUUAACGUUUUACAUCUUAGUCAUAAUUUUAGCAUUCUUUUUUUUUUUUUUUUUUUGAUAAGUCAUAAUUUUAGCGGUCUCAUCCCAAUACUAGCAUCAAUUAUGAUGGUUUUGGUAGAUACUGAAUGCAUAGAGAAACGGGUUCAUGUCAACGACAACAUUAUUAAUGUUACAAUUAUAUCUUAUUGUUCCAACUGAUGUUGGGCCUUUCCAUGACUUGCUGAUUUCUGUAUCUUCAUUCUCAUUCCACAGAUUUAAAAUUCUUUUAUGCUCAUCAAUGUGGCUGCAUUCUACUACGCUGCCGUGCAUCCUUGUAAUACCCUGUCAUAGAAUCAGACCCAAAAGUCUACAUAUAUUCUUUACAUGAACUUAUGUUUUGGUUGCUGUUCCAUGCGCCUUUGGGUGCGUCAUAUAGCAUCUAAAUUUUUCCUUUUUGAUUACAACAGCUUUUAUGGUGCACUUUCUCACUACAGCUUGCUCCUCUUUGUGUUUAAUGGGACAUUUUUUUUUUCUAGUUUUUGUUUUUGUUUUGAGAAUAGGGAUAUUAUCUAUCACAGGGCUGUAAGAACGAAAAGAUACAAAGAUAAUAAUUUAGGCAAGGAUAUUCACCAGGGUUUGAUAUGCUCUUCUUGGCAUGUGGUUGCUCUUGCUUUUGGAUCAUAGAAGAGAUGAAGGACUAGCACUGAAGAAAACGAUGGUUAGGGGAAAAAGAGUUUCCAAACUUUGAUUAUUGGGGGGAAAAAUAAAGAAAGAAAAGAGAUUUGGAUGUAUGGUGUUUUGAAAAAGACAGACAGUUAAUAUAGAAUACAUGUAUAUUUCAACUAAAGUGUAUUUUCCCCUGUUUUCUUUAACAAGACAAGUACUGUAGUACGUUUCACUAAAGUGAAAUGCGAUUGACAUGGUGU